CUCUCCGCCCGGCGCAUGCGUAGAACAGAACCCCGUCCCUUCGCCCUCGCCCUCUGCGCAUGCGCCGCCCUUAAAGGGGCCGCGCGGAGAAUGAAGCAGAGCGGAAGCUGGCGGCAGCACUUGCAGGCGGAGCUGCGGAGGCGGGAAGGGCGCGCGGCCGGGUGGAGGGCGGUCCUGGAGCGACAUGAGCAUCUCCAGGAGAGGCUGGAGGCCCAACAGGUGCAGCUGGCGGAGGGGCUGCUCGGCCUGGGCGGAGACGGGCCCGGAAGGGACCGGGGCUCCUUGGACCUGGCCGCCCUCCACCUCCAGCUGCAGGUGGACGUGGCCCAGCUUCGGCGGGAAAGAGAAGAGCUGCGGCAACAGGUCACCUUCCUGGCAGAAGUCCUGAGGGAGACGGAGGCCGAGAACCAGGAGCAACGGGCCAGGAUGGGCCGUCUGGCGCAGGAGGCGUCCACCCUGGGUCGCGACCUGGAGGAGGCGCAGGUCAAGGCCUGGUCUCUGCGGCUGGAGGCGGAGGGUCUGCGUGGGGAGCUGUGUGGGGCGCGGGGGCUGCUGCGCCAGGCCCAGAGGGAGCGCACGGAGCUGGAGGCCCGGUGGGUGCGGGAGAAGGCCCUCGAGGCCCACAGGCUCAACGGGGCCAACCGGCGGCAGGAGAGGUACCAGCGCAAGGUGACCCUCCUGCAGGAGAAGCUGGAGCGGAUGAAGGAAGCCAAUGGAGGGAUGGAGGGCGAAACGCCUCUGCAGGGAAGCAGCUUGGGUUCGUCCAGCGAAGAAGCAGACAUGGACACUGGAGGAGGCAGCGGUCAAGCAGAACCCAGGCCGGUCAGUCCAGAGGCAGGGAGACCCUGACGGAGGAGGACCGGACUCUGGACCUCGACAAGGGAGCCGGACACUGGCCGCAGGAGGGUCAAGCUGACCCCUGACCCCAUGGGCCAGGGAGAGAAUAAUGGGGAGGGGUCCCAUCUUGGCUUGCGUCCAAGGGCAGCUCUGUCCAAAGCUCAGUGCCCUCUGGCCGGAGAGGUCAAGGGGGUCAGUGCUGGCCAGACUGACCUCUAGAGACCCAUCCUUGGCCAAAGGGAGGCCUCACCUUGCAGACUGGACCAUUCAAAAUAAACAAAACAAAGGAAACCAGGCUGAGCGUCAA